UUUUUUUUUUUUUUUUUGUUUCGGCGGAUUUGCACCUAGCUAGGAUUCGUGGUGCAUAUUUGCAUAUGUAUAGCACAUUAUUUGACGGAGGAGGAGCUUCUUAUGAGGCACUGAUGCGCAUUGGUGCUGAUACGCAUCGUCGGAAGUCUGUUUUUGACGUGAUCUUGAUGCGUGUUGGGUUGUUGUAUAUAUACAUGUACAUAAAAGUAUAUUUUUCCUUGAUUGAGCGUUUGUAGUAUGGGAGAUUGCGACGUCGGCUAGUUUGUGGGUUUUGCUUGGAUUAGCUGUAUUGGGUUGGAAGAGCAUCUGUCCGUGGCGGAGCAUCGUUGGUAGGAGAUUGGCAGCUCGGGCUUCUGGAUAGGUACGAGAUGGGCUGCCAAUGGAAGCUCGAAGUUGGGUUUGUUGAGUUGAUUUCGGCGGGUUAUGAGAGAGCGUUAUGAAGUGAUGAGUUUUUGGGUCGUAGAUCCUGGACAUUGAAACGUUUGAGAAUUUGUAUUUUGUUUGUUGCCGGUGCAUUGCUCACGUGCAUCAUUCACACAACAUCGAACUGAUGAUGCCUGCCUGUUGCGUCUCAAGCAGGGAAGGCUCGCGAGUGUGAUCAACAUGAAGAGAUUAAUGGGGAUUCUCCUUCAUAUGAAAACCUUGAUGCCAGGACGACGACGUGAGCCUUUGCUGCUGCACAGGCAAUUUGGUCGGGGUUGCUGCUCUUCAGAUCGUUGGAGCGUGAGUUACUUAUGGAAUUCAUUCGUUAUGAAAUUCCAAGCGCGAUUAGAUUACUCGGUCCAAGUGGCUGGACCACUGUACAUUUUGCUUGCCUUUUCUCUCAUCAGUUCUGUCAUCUAUCUGUUCUUGGUAUCUAUUCUUCCAGCUGUUUAUCCUCUCUCUUCUUGGCAAGGAAUUGCCCACCUCUUGGUAGCAGGAUGGCUAGCGUUUAAUGUCUUCUUUAACUACUUUUGUUGCAUUUGCACCGACCCUGGCAGUUCUCCAAUUAUUUCUGAUACAGUGAUGCCCUUGGCCAGGUACGAGAUGGACUUGGAAGGUGCAGAUUAUGCUCCUUCCAGAUGGUGCAAACGUUGUCGUAAGCCAAAGCCUCCAAUGACUCACCACUGCCAUAUUUGUAAAAGAUGCAUUCUCAAGAUGGACCAUCAUUGCCCAUGGAUGCACAACUGCAUUGGAUAUUAUAAUUAUCGGUUCUUCUUUGUAUUUUUACUGUAUAUGUGGGCAGGUUGCCUUUACGCAGCAGUGAUGUCUUCCCUGCCCAUGUUUGGCCCCGAAGACGAAGACGAUGGUGAGGAAAAUGGCGUGGGCAUACUAUUCACAUUCAUACUUUCUGUGGCAGUCUUAAUUUCACUUACUUUCCUUCUAGGUUGGCAUAUUUAUCUUGUCCUUACUGCUCAGACGACCAUAGACUUUUAUGGGAAUCGGCAGCGACGGAAGGAGGCACGUGCCAAUGGAGAGUCUUGGACCAAUGUAUACGACCUCGGAAAGCUUCAAAACCUGCGCCAAGUUACGGACGUUGGAGGUAGUUACUGGUGGCUAUGGCUGUUACUCCCAACUCGAGCCCUACCAAAAGGAGAUGGUGUGCAUUUCCCAUUGAAGGAAAACCCCUUCCAGCCCAUGCAUUCUACUCAGCUGGGGCUACCAUUGUGUGAAAAUUUGAGUCCCUCUGCUGAUGCUGGUAGUUUAAGGAGCCAUCUUGUCUCUGAUAGUAGUAGUAGUUUGAGAGAGAUGACAUCAAAUGACUGGAAUGCAACUGACAGGUUGUAAUCGUUGUGUUUUGCUGAAGGUUGUAACUGCCACUUCCAUAAAAAGCUAUUACCAAUUCGAUACAACGCACUGGCAGUGGCGCAGGGUCUGAGAUUUCUACGUUAUUUUUGUUCUUAUACUUUAUUGAACUCUAAUUCACUAAAACAAUUUCUAAAUAGAUAUUAUCCUUGUUUGACCGAUUACGGGACUAUUUUAGAAUGAUUGCUUCUUAUGAAGAUACAUUCUAUACAGAAAAGUCGUUAUAUACAAACCAUGAUUUAUACCCAA